GCGCAGGCGCACUGGGGGAAUUCUGCGGCCGCGGAACCAGAGCGGAGCGGAAGCGCCAGAGUGCGGGGGCCGGACAGUGCAGCCCCACCGUGUCGGUACCUGAGUGUCUGUGGGCAGUGGCAGCGACAGCGGCCGGCCCUCAGCCUCGGUACUGUGCCUGUCCACUGGGCUUGGGUUCCGAGAGGUUCGUACCUGGAUUCCGGGCGCGGGGCCUUGUGUCCGGGCCGUCUCUGCUCCCCGUACCCUGAUUCUGCGACUUCUUCCCCCUCGACCUGCCCUCCCCAUCCCCCAGAUUUUGAUGCCUAACUCCCCUCGGAAAUCUGGCGUCGGGCAGCUGCUGAACACAGGCCCAAGGCCUGCCUUACUGCUCAUUGGCAGCAGAAGUGCCGAGUCUGCCCCGGCGGAGCUUUCACAAGACAAAGAAUGUACAUAAUCCAGCUGCUUUUGAAAGUAAAUAUCGAAAGGAUCAUUUCUGCUCCAAACAGCUGAGAAUCAGAGGCUUUUCAAAAUGCCUGCAGUUUCAAGUGAUGUGAAGAAACUGUAUCUGUCUACGUGUUUGGCUGAUCUCAAUAAGAAAGCAGAAGUGAAACUGGAAAAGAAAAGCACCAAAAACAUUGUUGUGAGUGCCUGUAAAAUUUUCAAGGCUGCAGAAGAAAGCAGGUUGGACAGAGACGAAGAAAGAGCCUAUGUUCUUUACAUGAAGUACCUAGCUGUAUAUGAUCUAAUUCGGAAGAGGAAUGAUUUUAAACAUCAGCAGGACUACUAUACUUCUUUACUUGGCCCUACAAGCUUCAGGAAGGCCAUAGAAGAGGCAGAAAGACUUUCUGAAAGCCUGAAGUUAAGAUACGAGGAAGCUGAAGUACGUAAGAAGCUUGAAGAGAAUGAUAGAUUGCAAGAAGAGAAAAGCAAAGAGCAAGAAGGAGCAAAAAGCAAGGGACAGGAUAACAGCUGGACAGCUGCAGACAAGGGUCCUUCAGGCCAGGGGGACACAGUGUUAAGCAACGUCAACGAGUCCAGUACAGAGCACAUCGUUUUGUCUCGAGGAACGAUCAGUGCAGAAAAGCUGUUUGCAAUGUUGCAAGAUGAAAACACUAAGGUGAUCAUUAUGGAUGCUCGGAGCUCCAAGGAUUACCAGGAAUCUCACAUUCAUGUGGCCAGGUCGUGCUGUAUAAAUGUGCCAGAGGAAGCUAUCAACCCAGGCAUCACUGUUAACCAGAUAGAGUUGAAACUGCCAGAAGAAUCAAAGGAGAUGUGGCGAAAACGGCAGUUUGUUGAUUACAUUGUUUUGUUGGAUUGGUUCAGUUCCAUCAACCAGGUGCAAAGGGGGAGCGUUCUUCAAAGCCUCAAAGAUGCACUUUACAAGUGGGAUAGUCAAGUAAUUGUCCAGAAUGAACCAGUGGUAUUGGAGGGUGGCUAUGAGAGCUGGCUUCUCUGCUACCCAAUGUAUACCACCAAUUCCAAAGUGACUGCUCCAAAGGAAGAAUCCUCUACAACUGUUCAAGUGUCCUUGAAUUUUAGUUACCCGUCCUUGGAGGAACCCCCUCCAUCUUGCCCACCCUCUGGAGACCUCGAUGAAGGGAAGGCUUUCCAAGAAUUGGGAAGACUUAAUGGAAUUUUAUCUGAGCCAGAUGCAACAACAAAAGAAGUCAGCAUAGAAACAAUGAAUGUGCCUAAUGGUGUACCUGGUUUGAAAGAUCUAGCAUCAACUGGCGGACACACUGUUGCAGUGAAAAACAUUCCUCAGGUUGAUCGAACUAAUAAACCUACACUAAAAAUGCCAGAGAGGUCUAGUUCUGGUACAGAAAGUCUACCUGUUCACAAUGGACCAGUAGUACCCGAUCGGUCAACAAAGCCAUGUGUGGAGCCCCAAAACCUGUUAACAGAUGAUGAAAUAAGUCAGAUCCAUGCUGAAGCAGCACAGAUUCGAGAAAAGGCCAAAAAAGAGAAGGAACAGCGUGAACGAAGACAGGAAGAGCAACGAAAAAAGGAACAAUUGGAUCAAGAAAAAGAACAGCGUGAGGAAGAAGCAAGGGUGCUUAACAUAAAAGCUGAGCAAGACAAACAGAGCAAAGAAUUCAAAGAACAACAGAAACAGGAACUGGAAGACAAAUGGCAGGAAGAUGAUGAAGAAAGGAAGCAAUCAACAGAGCAAGUAAAGAAGUCUCUAAUAGAAAAAGGCAAAACGGAAAGUCAGAUAAGAGAGCAAGGGAAUGUGAGGAAAGAUGUGCCAGAACAACCCGCACUGGAGCCAGAAGCCAGCAGCUCCAGAGGAAAGCAGGAACCUAGGGAAGUGUUAACCAGAGCAAGAAGUGAAGAAAUGGGUCGGACUAUUCCGGGUUUGCCACAAGGAUGGAUGAAGUUUCUUGAUGUGGUAACUGGAACCUAUCGAUACUAUCAUUCACCAACCAACUCUGUUCACAUGUACCCACCUGAAAUGGUACCAUCGAUCACACCGCCUGCAACUCCUCCGACCCACAAAGCCAAACCACCAAGUGCAACUGAUGCUGAUGUUCCCAAACUGAAACGUUCCUACUCCUCACCAGAUAUUGCUCAGGCAAUUCAUGACGAGCAGAGCAAGAUGAAAACAACCAAACCAGUGCCCACAGUCAACCGGGAAACAAAACCCUCUGUUUGCAGCAAAACAGAAAUCUCAAGCCCUUCUGCUUCUCAAAUUCGAAACCUGAACCCAGUGUAUGGAGGUCUGGGCCGAGCCCUGACGGGGCUGCGCAACCUGGGCAACACUUGCUAUAUGAACUCCAUCUUGCAGUGUUUGUGCAACACCCCACGGUUAGCCGAGUACUUCAAUAAAAAUUGUUACCAGCGAGAUAUAAACAGAUCAAACAUUCUUGGCCAUAAAGGUGAAGUGGCUGAAGAGUUUGGUAUAAUAAUGAAGACUUUGUGGUCAGGACAAUACAAAUGCAUCAGUCCGCGAGACUUCAAGGGUCGCAUAGGAAAAAUAAAUGAUACGUUUGCAGGAUACGUGCAACAGGAUUCCCAGGAGUUGCUCCUCUUCCUUAUGGAUGGUCUUCAUGAAGAUCUAAACGAAGCUGAACGGAAGAGAUACAAAGAGGAAAAUAAUGACAACUUGGAUGAUUCAAGAGCAGCUGAUGUAGCCUGGAAGAAGCACAAACUGCUCAACAAGUCCAUCAUUGUAGCCCUGUUCCAGGGGCAGUUUAAAUCGACGGUUCAGUGCCUGACUUGUCACAAACGGUCCCGGACUUUUGAGGCGUUUAUGUACCUAUCUCUGCCUCUUCCAUCUUCCAGCAAAUGUACUCUGCAGGAUUGUCUCAAAUUAUUUUCCAAAGAAGAGAAACUGACUGACAACAAUCGGUUCCAUUGUAGCAACUGUAAGGCACACCGGGACUCCACAAAGAAGCUGGAGAUCUGGAAGCUGCCCCCUAUCCUACUGGUGCAUCUGAAACGAUUCUCUUACGAGGGGAGAUGGAAACAGAAACUCCAGACCAACGUUGACUUUCCGCUGGAGAAUCUGGAGUUGUCAAACUACGUGAUUGGUCCAAAGAACAACGUGAAAAGAUACAAUUUGUAUGCAGUGUCGAACCAUUAUGGAGGACUGGAUGGAGGGCACUACACAGCCUACUGCAAGAAUGCAGUGAAGCAACGCUGGUUCAAAUUUGAUGACCACGAAGUCUCGGAGAUAUCUGCUUCCUCAGUGAGGUCGUCUGCUGCCUACAUCCUCUUCUACAGCUCGUUGGAGCUUUGUGUAGCUGACUUAGCCACAUAGCAGCAUUCAGCACUUCACACUUCUCUGUUAGUCUUAUACCUGGCUGCGUUGGGCAUGUAAUUAGAGAGACAACGCAGAAGCAAACACUUCCACAAUGACAGCAUAACUAGCUGACUGUCCAUUGUGCUCACAGUAUUUGCAUCCCAGAAAGGUGAACUUUAGUUAUGCAACAGAAUCUAAAACCUCUAUUAGAAUGAUUACAAGAAUGUCAAAUCCUGUUCCCGAGCGGAGUUUGUAGUUUUGCAAUAGUUCCACAAGCCAGAAUUUCAUUGCUUCAUAAGGCAGAAAUACUUGUUUGAUUCUCUCCAAUAACUUCCUGUUGUACUGGCCUUUCUAGAUCAGUUAUAGUGAAUCUUUCUGUACUCUGUAAAAUAACUGGGAGAAACAUAAACUGAUGGGACUGUAUCUGUACAUAAUAACUGCAGACUGCACAAAAUGUCUGUGUGUGUAUAUAAGCUAUAAAUACUUUUAAAAAAAGUAAUACUUUUUUUUUGAAGUAAUGUUGCCUAUAUUUCUACCUAAAACCAGAGCAAGUGCUGAACUGAAGAUGUAACUGUGCUGCACCUGAACUUAUCCAAAAGUGUAUUGCAGAUUAUUUUCAGACUUUUGCAAAAGCUGUGUGUAUAAAAUAUACUAAUCUGUUAAUUCAAACAA